AUGGGGAGCAGCGAUGUGGAGGCGGGGUUCGCGAAGCUACAAGGCGAGGAUUUCGAGUACUACAUGCAGACAUACUCCAUCAUCCUCGGGCGCAACUCCAAGAAAUCGACCGUCGACGUCGACCUGUCCUCUCUCGGCGGCGGGAUGAACAUCAGCCGCCACCAUGCCCGAAUCUUCUACGACUUCCAGCGCCGCCGCUUCGCGCUCGAGGUUCUCGGCAAGAAUGGCUGCCUCGUGGAGGGCGUCCUCCACCUCCCCGGCAACCCCCCGGUCAAGCUAGAUUCUCAGGAUCUCUUGCAAAUCGGGGACAAGGAGUUUUACUUCCUCUUGCCAGUGAGGAGCAUUUUGGGCGGGCCGAUUGGGCCGAGGCAUCACCUGAACAAUUCCGGCAUUCAGUAUCAAAAUCAGCAGCCGCAACGUCCUGGCCUUCCACCUCCCCCAGGCAGCGGGAGUUCCGGUUAUGGGAAAAAGGGGAAAGGGUGGAGUGAUUAUAAUGAUGCGGGGGAAGGUGGUGGUGCUGGGGAGGAAGGGUCGUCGGAAGGGAGGAGGAUGAGGAGGAUUGAAGGGGUUGAUGGCUAUCCUAGUUAUAGUUCAAGGGGGAAGGGUGGGUUUUCAGAUAAGAAGGCUGAUGGAAGGUCACGAGCUGAUAGAGAAACUGAUAACCAACAGCUUCUUCAGUUAGAAGAAAAGGAUGUUGUGUCGUCUGUUGCCAAUGUGUUAUCUGAUCUGUGCGGCCCUGGAGAAUGGAUGCCGAUGGAGAAACUUCAUACUGAGUUGGAGGAACAAUUCGGCAGCAUCUGGCACCACAGUCGAGUGAGGAAAUAUCUGACAUCGGAGGAUUAUUGUAGCCCAGAAGCCCAAGGAAAGCCGUGGUUUGGGCUGCUGAUGCUGCUGAGGAAAUACCCGGAACACUUUGUGAUCAACACAAGAUCCAAGGGACGAGUCACGCUCGAGUUCGUCUCACUUGUAUCCCUCCUCUCGUGA